GGGAAUAAGCGGUAGAAAAUGGAUGGAUGGAUGCUGGUGGUCUCUGUCAUGCAUAGGUUACUCUGGUCACAGGAUCAGCAGAGUAACCAUGUUAUACUCUUCCAUAUCAGUAGGUGGCAGCAGGUAGUUAAUUGCUUUGUAAACCUACUGUGGAAAGGCGGAGCCAACGGCUGCCCUGCCCAAGAUGGUGGCAAGGAGGCGGGGGAUGCCGUGGAGCUGAGAGGCGGGGCUUGCUGGGAGCAAUGCCUCCACAAUCUUAAUCAGGUGCGUGGGACACACACCUGCACACAAUUAACUCAUCUCCUCCUGCUGUAUAAAAGGGGAGAAGGAGGAGAGAUCGGAGAAGGACUUGGAGUGUCUGCAGCAGGUGCAUUGCGUGAAGAGCAAGAGCAAGAGCAAGAGCAAGAGCAAGAGCAAGAGCAAGAGCAAGAGCAAGAGCAAGAGCAAGAGCAAGAGCAAGAGCAAGAGCAAGAGCAAGAGCAAGAGCAAGAGCAACAGAAAGCAGACGACGACGGCUUAAAAAAAGCGAGCGGCGAAUGAGCAGUGGAGGAAGGAGCUGAAAAGCAAUCCAAACUACAGCCAAGCUUUAUUGCAAAAUAAAGAAGUCAAACCUGCUAAAGAGAUGUCCUUCCUUGGCGGUCCGCUGAACCCGAGCGACGACAAUCUUCAGCUCUCACUGGAUCGGUUCGCAGCCGAGUGUGAAGCGACUGGGAUGAGAAUCAGCACUUCCAAGUCCGAGUCCAUGGUUCUCGCCCGGAAAAGGGUGGACUGCCGGCUCCGGGUUUAGGGAGGAGAUCUUGCCCCAAUUGGAGGAGUUCAAGUACCUCGGAGUCUUGUUCACGAGUGAGGGAAGAGUGGAUUGUGAGGUUUUCUUUUUAACUAUAUUUAACUGGACACACCAUUUUAACUUUCACAUUUUAUAUAUAACUCUAAGAAAUAUAUGAAUAUUUUUAGUAUAU